GGGAAAAGUUUCAGUGUUAAGACGCUGCCGGAGACUCCUCAUCUUACUGAACACCGCGAGAAACACCGCGUUCAACGACUUCAGCUUGUGUCUUGCGGGCUUUCAGGAGGACCGCACUGUUUUUUCAUUAUUAACAGCUGGAUAUAUCACCAUCAGCACCAAAGGACGGAUCCAUGAGCCAAGGCGGGAUCGUUAUUCUCUCAUAAAUAAGGUGCAGCUCUGACUGAGAUGGCUGUGUCCCUGCGCUGCCUUAGGACAGUCCUAUUGGCUGUGGUCUUCUGUUUCCUGCCUUACAUCACUUCCUCCCUCAACCUGGAGGAUCCCAAUGUUUGCAGCCACUGGGAGAGUUACUCAGUGACCGUGCAGGAGUCGUACGCCCAUCCUUUUGAUCAGAUUUAUUACACCAGCUGCCCCGACAUCCUCAACUGGUUCAAGUGCACCAGACACAGGGUGAGCUAUCGGACAGCGUAUCGCAGAGGGGAGAAGACCAUGUAUAGGAGAAAGUCCCAGUGCUGCCCAGGCUUCUACGAGAAUGGAGAGAUCUGUGCUCCUCAUUGUGCAGAGAGCUGUGUUCACGGCCGUUGUAUGGCCCCCAACACCUGCCAGUGUGAGCCGGGCUGGGGGGGCUCCAACUGCUCCAGUGCUUGUGACAGUAACCAUUGGGGUCCUCACUGCAGUAACAGAUGUCAGUGCCAGAACGGAGCACUGUGUAACCCCAUCACGGGAGCCUGUAUCUGCACUCCUGGAUACAGAGGUUGGCGCUGUGAGGCCCAGUGUGAAGUGGGCACCUAUGGUAACGGUUGCCAACAGACAUGCCAAUGCCAGAAUGGAGCCACCUGUCACCAUUUGACCGGAGAAUGCAAGUGCUCACCAGGAUACACUGGAGCUUUCUGUCAAGACCUGUGUCCUCCAGGUAAACAUGGGCAGCAGUGUGAGGAGAGAUGUCCAUGUCAGAAUGGAGGAGCGUGUCACCAUGUGACUGGAGAGUGCUCCUGUCCUGCAGGAUGGAUGGGUACAGUGUGUGGCCAACCAUGUCCAGAGGGGAGAUUUGGACAAAACUGUUCCCAGGAAUGUCAGUGUCACAACAACGGCCUCUGUAUGUCGUCCACUGGACAGUGUCUCUGCAGUCCUGGAUACACAGGAGAACGGUGCCAGGACGAGUGUCCAGUUGGUACUUAUGGUGCUGGCUGUGCAAAGAUGUGUCGCUGUAAGAACAACAGCAAGUGCUACCACACCAACGGAAUGUGUCUGUGUGAGCCAGGAUACACAGGGGAGACAUGUGACAUCCGACUGUGUCCUGAAGGACAGUAUGGCCUCCAAUGUGAUAGGAAGUGUCCGUGCUACGCACAGAACACACACAGCUGCCACCCAAUUUUAGGGGAGUGUACAUGUGAGCCUGGUUGGUCAGGUCUCUACUGCAAUGAGACGUGCACCCCAGGAUUUUAUGGCGAGUCCUGCCAGCAGGUGUGCCAGUGUCAGAAUGGUGCUGACUGCCACAGUGUGACCGGAGAGUGUAUCUGUGCUCCAGGCUUCACGGGUCCCAGCUGUUCAGUCCCCUGCCCAGCUGGAACACAUGGAGUGAACUGCUCCUCCAGCUGUAACUGUAAGAACAGAGCUCAGUGUUCACCUGUGGACGGAUCCUGCUCCUGUAAACCAGGCUGGCAUGGGGUGGACUGCUCCAUCAACUGUCCCAGUGGUACAUGGGGUCUGGGCUGUAACCUAACCUGUAUGUGUGGGAAUGGAGGAGCGUGUAACGUGCUGGACGGUCACUGUACCUGUGCUCUAGGCUGGAGAGGAGAGAAGUGUGAACUCCACUGCCAGGAUGGUACCUAUGGUCUGGACUGUAAAGAACGCUGUGACUGCAGUCAUGCUGAUGGAUGCCACCACUCUACUGGUCACUGCCGCUGUCUGGCUGGAUGGACUGGUAUCCACUGUGACAGUGUGUGUGCAGAGGGCCGCUGGGGCCCAAACUGCUCCCUCACCUGUAACUGUAAAAACGGAGCAUCCUGCUCGCCAGAUGAAGGAACCUGUGAGUGUGCUCCAGGAUACAGAGGCACCACAUGUCAGAGGAUCUGCUCUCCAGGUUACUUUGGUCACCGCUGCAGUCAGACCUGUCCACAGUGUGUCCACAGUAACGGACCAUGUCACCACAUCACAGGACAGUGUGACUGUCUGCCGGGCUUCAAGGGGACACUGUGCAACGAGGUGUGUCCCAGUGGUCGCUUUGGGAAGAACUGUGCCUGGAGCUGUAGCUGCACCAACAACGGCACAUGUAACCCCAUCGAUGGCUCCUGUCAGUGUUAUCCAGGAUGGAUUGGCAGCGACUGCUCCCAGCCAUGUCCACCUGGUCAGUGGGGACCCAACUGCAUCCACACAUGUAACUGUCACAAUGGAGCCUACUGCAGUGCUUAUGACGGAGAAUGCAAGUGCACCCCAGGAUGGACCGGCCUCUACUGCACACAACGGUGUCCAUUAGGUUUCUAUGGGAAGGACUGUUCUCAGACCUGUCAGUGUAGGAAUGGAGCUGACUGUGACCACAUCUCUGGACAGUGCACCUGUCGCACCGGCUUCAUGGGACGACACUGUGAACAAAAGUGUCCUCCUGGUUCAUACGGUUAUGGCUGCCGUCAGGUCUGUGACUGUCUAAAUAACUCCACGUGUGAUCACAUGACUGGUACAUGUUACUGCAACCCAGGCUGGAAGGGAUCUCGCUGUGACCAAGCAGCUGGUGUGGUGGUGGUGGGCAGCCUCAACAGUUUGACCAGUACAGCCAUGCAGGUGGACACCUACCAGAUCGGAGCCAUCGCAGGAAUCAUUGUCCUGGUGCUGCUGGUGCUCUUUCUCCUCCUCCUCUUCAUCAUCUACAGGAAAAAGCAGAAGGGUAAAGAGCCCACCAUACCUGCUGUGACCUACACUCCUGCUCUGAGGGUCACUGCUGAUUACACCAUCGCAGAUGCUCACCCACCAACAUGUGAGACCCACCCAAGCAACUACUUCUCCAACCCCAGCUAUCAUACGCUGACCCAGUGCAUCAGCCCCCCACAUGUUAACAAUGGUCCAUAUAGAAAGGCCAAGAGCAACCAGCUGUUUGUGAAGUUGAAGAAUGUGGAUCAGAGAAAAAGGUCUCCUUUAGCUGAUCACACUGGUACACUGCCUGCAGAUUGGAAACAAGGGGACUGCUUCAAUGAAAUGGGAGCCUACGGAGUUGACAGGAGAUACAUGGGGAAAUCUUUACGAGAUCUGGUGAAGGGCACGCUAUAUCACUCCAGCUCCUGUUCCCUCAACAGCUCUGAAAACCCAUAUGCCACAAUAAAGGACCCUCCCCCACUGACAGCCAAAAACACAGAGUGUGGCUACGUGGAGAUGAAGUCACCAGCCAGACGGGAUUCACCAUACGCUGAGAUCAGCAUUAGCGGCUCGACCAAUAACCGGAAUGUCUAUGAAGUUGAGCCGACUGUAAUUACCAUCCAGCCGACUGGAGACAGCAAUGGCCAUGUACAGUUUGGUCAAGAUCCGUACGAUCUACCAAAAAACAGCCACAUCCCCUGUCACUACGACCUCCUGCCAGCCAGAGAGAGUCCAUCCUCAGACCACAAGGAGCUGGACAGUGAAUGAUGGCACAGAGACCAGAUCUCACCUCCAGUCUACAACUCCACAAACAGAUACACUUUAUACCCACAACAUACUUUCACUUGUUUUCUUGCUGUUAUGCUUUGUUACUGAUCAUGACUUCUUUCUGAAGAAUGUGGGUAUAUAAGAGUUAGUAUUGAGGUACAGCUGUUAUUUUUUACAGCAAUUUGUAAACUGCGAUUAAGUCUUCAUAGGUCAUUCCACAUGUCUGGGAGGUAAGGUCUAUGUAUGCUUUGAACUAAGCAGUUCAUAUGAUGUGUUGUCAGACCACUGCUAACAGCAAAACUGUUUCUACCUGUUCCAAAUAGUCACACUCGAAGGUGGGCUGAAAAUCCUGCUGUCAUAGCCUCCUUCUGACUCCCUACUCGAUCUCUCUCCAAGAACUCUGUCUUUUGCGUGUCUUGUAGUCUCAAUGCGACAAAUUGUGCAAAUGGCGAUAACACACACAUUCAGAUGGAGGUGAGGCAUUCGUGAUUUUGCACUUGGUUGCACACUCAAAGUGACCUUUCCAUACCUCCACACACCUGGCCAAUCGCUGCGUAAAAGUGGGAAUGAUUGUUGGAUUGUCUGAUAAGGAAAUUCUGCAGUCCGAAAAGUGGUUUCAGCUGCUGUUAAAUGAGUACUUUGUUCAAGUAUACCGAAGCCUUUACAAUGUUUGUGUAUAACAUUCAAUACCAGUCAAAUCUCUAUUUUUAUAACAACAGUAUUAGAAAAUGGCUAAUUUGAUUGAAUAUUAUAUCAAAGAUUAGACGUUUCAUGAGGAAGAGUAGUAGAGUCAAGCUAUUGACUGUUUUUGAUGUUUGCACGUCAUAAUGACAUCGAAUGCAGUCAGUCAGUGUUGGAUUAGUAUUUAAGUUAACCAAAGGUACAAAUUGCAUUUAAAGACUAUUUUUAUCACUGUAGUUCAAAGUUCUGCAAAUUGUUUAAUCCAAGAGGCUCUGAGCUGAGCCCCUUCUCAUUGUAACAAUAUUCCAUUUUUGAUUUUAGGUAAUUUCCGACUAAUUUCAGAUAAUUUUCUUUUCAGUUAAUCAAGACACUACACAGAAUAAUAUGUAGAAGACUGAUUUAAGUUUAUAUUUAAUAAAUAUCAUAAUUCAUGAAAACUAUAUCUGUCAUAUAUACUGCUCAGCGAUCAUUAUCACCACUCUGUGACAGCUUUUGCCAUUUACAGUAGCUCUUCUGAAUUGGAUGUUCUUCCAUGCCGUAGUACUUCGCAUAAGGAACUUAUGCACAUAUACGUACUGCACAUAUUUCUCAUGUGUCUUGAUGAUUAAUUUAUCUGUCUAGCUAAGCCAUUGCAGUUUAAAUUAUGAUAAAGGUGUGGGUAGUAUUAGAUCAGGAGAGUGGAACCAAGGCUGGAUUCUAAAACCCAGUAAAUGCCCUGGGGCCCCAUGUUCAUUGUGACCCUGUUUCCACCUUGUAUUAACAUAUGAUCUGUAUUUGAAUAACGUAUCUAUAUCAGGUAAAACACGUUAAUGCAGGUGUAAAUGCAAGCAGAACACAUUGCAAUCUGAAUGCUUUUGGAUCGGCCAGACCACAUCUGGAGGUGGUCUUGCACCGUGAUCAGAUCUUAGCCAGGUGUAAAUGACAUCUGUGUGACCAUGUUCUUCAGAAAAAAAAUCUGCCAAACAAGUUAAACAUUGCUUCAGGAGGCUCUUGAGGGACGGCUACAAUGAGCAAGAUGAGUUACGUGGCCGACCUUAUUACAGUAUAAGUGACGUUAGUCUAGUUAGCAUGUCUGCAGAUGCCUGUAGCGGCAUAGAGUGCAUAGAGUAUUCCUCAUUGCUUCACUUGGCCAGAGAUGCACCAUGUUUGAUGACAGCCUACCUAAUUUGCAUAUCAAGAACCAAUCACAAUUGGUUUUACUAUUCAGAAAUUACACUGAAGGUACUUUUGGAUUUUCUGAAAAUAAACGCUUCACAUUGGUAUUUGUAAAAUGUGUCACCAUGCAAGAAUUUAGGCUACUGAAUUUAUUUGGUUAAUUGUGUCAUGUAUAAAAUGUCAGAAAUCUGUGAAAAAUGCUCAUCCCGUACAUCCUGAUAUUUUUGUGAUGAAAUUAUACUGAAAAUGUUUGUGUUUGCUCAUUGUUGAUGUACUGAAUAACUUUUUGUUAUGCAUGAAUGGAGUGUUAUUAAAAACAUUAUUUAAAGUUCUGUGUGAAAGACCUUUCACCAGCAUGCAGCAUGGUGACAAUUUCCACCACUAGAUGACAGCAGACAAAGUUAUCCAACCAAUGAGUAGAUCAGCUCAGUAUUGUUCAAGAGGCACUUGUAGCCCUUCUCCACUGCAGGAACCCAUAAACUGGGGCAUUACAAAAUCUGAACUUUUAAAAACCUUGUAAAUCUUUGGUACACAGUUCUUCCUUUUGGUUCCCCUGCAUUUUACAAUCUGGGAUGCAUCAAAAAUGCAAAAGUGGGACCUGCUUAAUCAUCAUUGUGGGACAGGCAACAAUAGGCCAUUUUGUACUUAACAACCCCGUAACCUGGGGCUUCUUCUAACGUAAACUUUUGAGAACCUUGUGCAGCUUUGGUACUAGGCUCUUGCUUGUAUGUCUACUAUAUUUAACAAACUGGGACAUUUCAGAUAUACGCUUUUAAAUGGUAAAAGCAAAGGAAGUAAGCACUUGCGGGACAAAAAUGGAAGAAGUGGCACUAACGUUACAGAUUUUCUGUCUUAUUUAUGUGACGAUGUUUAUUGCCAAUGAGGAAUCCAUGGCACUGCUGGGGCAGGAACAAGCCAGUCAAUUGCCCAAAAUAGUGUCCAGCGCAUUUAACUACUUUGUAGUUUUUUUGUUUUGCUCCCCUGUGGCAUCUAAUCUUGUUUAAUCUUUUUAAUGUUUCCCUGCACUGUCUGUGUGUGUCUGGUCCACCUUUUGAUUUCUACAUGCUGACUCCAGCUCCUUCUAAAUGGCCGCCUCUCCACAUAUACUUAUGAGGUUCUGGACAUGUUGGCUUGUCCAACAAGUAUUCGCCACCAUUUUUCUCUUCUACGUAAAGUAUUGGUUGUCCUGCUCUAUACAGAUGCAGAGGUAAAAUGGUGGUUACUGUUGUUGUUUGUUGCUGCAGCACUGCCGACAACCCCUGAAUGUACCUGGAACUUGCUGUUAGUAUCACCUCCUAAGCAGAGCCUAAAUUUAGUUACAGGAGUUUGUCCCCAAAGCAAGCAGUGAACAGUGGAAACAAAAGCAGAACCAACGAAAAUGGAUACACUUGACGUUUUACUAAGUUCCUGUGGCGGUAAGGAGCUAUUUGUGCCCUCCUGUGUGGAGAGUUUUCAUUAAUGACCAUAUUUAGAUUUUUCACUGAGUAUGAUAUGUAUUCCACAAUGACAUUACAUCUUCAUCAUGUCUCAUAGUAUCACUUCAGUAAACUCAUACUGCAUCACCAAAUUAACCCAGUCAUCGGUACAAUAAGACCUAACACAGAUCUUUAUGUGCAAUUUAAAGGACUCACCAUAUCUAAUAAAAUGCAACCUUAAGCUGGACUUAAGCUUGGCUUUUUAAAAGGAUAAUUGUAAUAGGAACAGUUCACAUUAUUAAUCUGUAAUAAACACAGUCAUAUAUGGCAGAAAAUUGUGAAGAAAAAUGUUGCUUUUGAAUGAUUGUAUAUUUUCUUUUUGUCUUUGCUGAAUUCUGAAUGGCCUAAAAUAGCAAACAGUCUUAAGCUAUUCUUAGCCUAUUUGAAAUGUUUGUAAAAUAAUGUAUAUAGUUUGAUCAGUUGUAAAAUGUAAAAAUAUUAACAUCACCCAGCAUCUUAUGUCCGAAAUUGAAAACAGGAACUUGUGAACAUGAACAUGUGAAACUUGAGACUCUUGGCCUCUAGAGAUACUGCAUUUCUUUUGUAAUAUUUUCCCUUUCUGUAUAUUUAAAUGAUUACUAAAGAUGUUUAUUCUGAAAGCACUGUUUGAGAUUUUUUCCAAGAUUAAGAAAUACAUCACCUUCUUCUGUUUCUUGACUCUUAAUUGGUUCUUUUACAUUUCAUUUAAACACAAACUGCCACUGCACUUGUUCCCUAAUAAGGUGACAAUAAUUUAGCGACUAGCACCAUGAGAUUCUAUCUAUUACGCUUUUUUGGGUUUUGUUUUUCAUUAUAGUGCUGUUUGAGCAAAUGCUUUGGAAUAAAAUGACAUAAAAUGA